AUGACAAACGGUGGCAUGGUUUCGUUCCAAGUCCCGAUGCUUAAGGAAAGCAUCUACGACAAUUGGAGUAUCAAGAUGAAGGCACUCCUUGGAGCGCAUGACGUUUGGGAGGUUGUGGAGAAAAGCUACGAUGAGCCAAGUGAUGAGUCUAUUCUAUCCACAACACAAAAGGAUAGCUUACGAGACUUGCGAAAGAGAGACAAGAAGGCUCUCUUCCUCAUCUAUCAAGCUUUAGAUGAAGAUGGUUUUGAGAAGAUCUCAAGUGCUACUUCGGCCAAACUAGCAUGGAAGAAGCUCGAGGUUUCAUAUAAGGGAGAAGAGAAGGUUAAAAAGAUACGACUUCAAACUUUAAGAAGUCAAUUUGAUGUUUUGCAUAUGAAAGAAGGCGAGUUGGUCUCCGAUUACUUUUCUAGAGUCAUUACCAUUUCCAAUCAACUAAAAAGAAAUGGUGAGAAGUUAGAAGAUGUGGCUAUCAUGGAAAAGAUUCUCCGAUCGUUAGAUUCAAAAUUUGAUAGUAUCACAACCAUUAUCGAAGAGACGAAGGACUUACAAGCCAUGACGAUAAAGCAACUUCUAGUUUCAUUGCAAGCCCAUGAAGAAAAGAAGAAGAUGAAUGAAGAGAUUGCCGAACAACUUCUCAAGACGAAUCUCCAACAAACUCAGAAAGAAGAAAGCUUCAACAACAUUAGAAGCCAACAUGAAAGAGGUAGUGGACAAGGACGAGGUCAUGCUAGCAAGCAAGGAUGGAGUACCAACAAUAACUAUGAGAAAGGAGAAAGAUCUACAAAAGGACGUGGUCAGGGCACUCAAACUCGAGGUAUGAUAAAUCUCAAAUUAAGUGCUAUAAUUGUAACAAGUUCGGGCAUUAUGCGAAAGAAUGUAGAGCACCAAAGUACAAAGUGA